AUGACGCCCCGUAGUGUUCUCCUCCUCACUUUGGCGAGCUUCGCUGCUGCGGGAAAUAUUGUUUCACUCUCGAUCUCCGUGACCAUACCGGCACUGACUCUACCGGGCUUCAAGACCUCGACAAUCAAGACCUCGACACCGAAGACCUCGGCACUCCAGACCUCGACACUCAACCCCGGACCCCUAGGAACAUGGACAUACUAUUCAACUAUUACAAACACAAUCGGGCCAACCACCACUUUUACUAUCGACCCUCAGACCUCCUACAUUUACGUCCCUAAUCCUUCGGAUAAGACUGUCACAAUAUCCACCGGCUUAACCGUCUACGCCGCAACGGAAACGAUAACGAUCUCGCAGCCCGGCGCCGCUGCGUUUGCCUUCGUGAGCCCAACUACGACUGUGCGAACUACCAGCGUUCCGACGCCGGCAGGGUUCACCCCGAUCCUAUCUCAGUUUGCAUACACAGCUAGUUUGAAAGUCACCACGACCACCAAGACUACAUCCCUCACCGCAACCACAUACGUAGACUCGCCUAUCACCAGAACCAGCACCUAUACACUUCCCCCGGUAACCUCCACGAAAACAUCAUUCACGGCAAGCACUACCGUUCCUGCGACGACCACAGUGACGACGAGCACUCUCACCAUUUCCACAUACACGUCCACUCUCAUGUCGCUUCCCACUCACCAUGCCAUAUGCGACGAGGACUCUGGCAAUUAUGUGAAUUACUAUCCCUUCGGCGCCACGAUUCAGCCCUUCUACUAUGGUCCCUUCAAGCCAUCGGGUGACGGCUCCGUCCACGCGCUUGACAAAGUGUACUUCAACUCAACCUAUCUGGCCGGGACCAAAGUGGAUUGUUGCAACAUUGCAAUGUCGCAGGGUCCAGCCGCCUGGGGAUUCUGGGAGCCGCAGGAUAUAUAUGGCAAUGCCUGUUACAUCUUCAACGUCCGAGACGAAACGGCCUGUAACCCUCGCGAGGUCAAGUAUUCGCUAGUGCGCACGCAAGCGGAAGAUCCUUUCCCGGGUCGAUACUUUGCCUUUAACGGCAGAUGCGGACGCGUGACGCCUGAUCACCACGAGCAGGGGUACUAUGAGAAUGGGGGCAAGUAUACACCCGAGAACUCGCCGUGAGCAGAGUUCAAAACGAGCACGCGCCUCGUGAGGACAUUGGAAGUAAGGCUUGCGGUGAAGCAGUGAGCAGCAUUUUUCUGGUCUACCUAACGAUUACGGAAAGAAAUGCAAAUCAAACAAUCCUCUUUUACCGAAAGUCGUGUGCAUUUUGUCUCUGCGUUGAUGAAUUA